CGCACACCUGCCCCGACCCGGCGCGGGCUCGGCUCCCCCACAAGCCCCCGCGCGGGGCGGCUGGGAGGUUCCCCGCGGCGCUGGGCGCGGGGUGCACGGAGGGGACCCCAGGGAGACCCCCUUCUCCCCCCGCCGACGUCUCCCCGCCCCGCACUCACGCCGCACGCGCUUCCCGAGGGAAACGUCCGCGGCCCCGGACGGCCCACGGCGCCCGAGGGAAAGUUUGGGGUCACGGGCCGCCCCCCCGAACCCCGCGCGGUUCUGGGGUCCCGCAUCCCCUUCUUCCGCGAAGUCGACGCCCCCUUCUCCUCAGCGCGUGGGAACCGGGUCCGCGCGGGGAAGCGGCCUGUCCCCUCCCGUAGCCCGGGCCCCCCACCCGCCCAGAGACGGCCGACGGGGACCCGGAUCCCAGCGGCGGGGCCUGGGGGCGCACCCACCUGCUCGGAACCCUCGCCGGGUCGCACACGCGCGUCCGAGGCGUCCAGAGCUCCGCGGGGGCAGUGCGCAUGCGCGGGGGCGGGGCGGAGAACCUGCGACGUCAGGCCCGCGCGUGCUGACGUCACGGCGUCCGUCUCCCGGGUGCCCGCGUUGCCCGGGCGACGGCAGGCGCGUCGGAACUAGGGCAGCGGCUGCUCGGAGCGCCGCGCAGUGGACCCAGCGGGCGAGGAGCAUGCGGAGCUGGUGCCUGUGUCAGAUCUGCACGUGCGGGCGACAUCGUUGUCCACAUGGAAGCACAGGGAUUUAUGAAAAUUCUGGCGCGUUUUGCCCAACCACGGAAUAUUUGGAAAAAUAUCCCACGUAUGGCAACGUCCCUCCAGCCCAGAGUCUCAAACCCAAGCAAGAAGCCCUGGCACACGGUGGUAAAAUGGAAGGAAUAACGACAUUUAAAUCGGAUUACCGCCCCUACGAAGUAGGCCCCCCGCCUCGCCACCUACCAGAAGAAUACAGACCCACACAGGGGGACAUUGACCUCGACACCACCUACAGACAGGACUUUAACGCGUAUCCGGCGCACCCCGUGGCGAGAGUCCGGCCCCUGGAGAGACGACACGUGAAGAAAGGGAAGCUGGACACCGUCCCCACCUACAAAGAUGAUUACAGAGCUUGGGCCCCUGAGAAAAGCCACCUCUACAAACCGGAACACGCGUACCACCCCCCGACGGUGAGAUUCGGGAACCCCACCACCUUCCAGGACGACUACGUGCCCCGGGCCGCCCAGCCCCGGCAGAGCUUCAAACCGGGGGCCGCGGCCCCCCUUUCCACGGCCCCUUUCCACGGCGACACCAGCCACCGCCUGGACUUCGUGCCUUAUGAGCUCGAACCCAAGCCUGCGCGGCCGAAACGCCCCUACAAGCCCAGCUCCCAGCCCUUCCAGGGUCUCACCACGCACCGCUGCGCCUUCCGGGGGCUCCUGGGCUCAGCUGCAAAAGCCUGCAGGCCCCCCCGCGCCAGGGGGCCCCCCGACCUGCCGUUUGAGGGGCGCACCGAGUUCCGGGACAGCUUCCAACCCUGGGAGAUGCCACCCGCCCACAUCAAGCCGGUGCCAGCCUACGUCCCGCCGGCAGGAGCCAUGCAGCUGCUCACCACCAGCCGCCAGGACUACCAGGUGCCCCGCCAGGCCCCCCGCGCGGCCCCCAUCCGGCCCGCGUCCCAGCGGAGAAAGAAGUUUCCCUUCCAGGGGAGAAGCACAACCCAGGAGGACUUCCCGGAGUGGGAGGCCUGCCGCCCCCGGGAACCCGUGAGGCCGCAGCAGCAGAUGCCCGGCCCCUCGGGGACGUUCGACGGGGUGAGCACCUUCCAGUGCCACUACGUGCCCCACCAGCUGGCACCCACGGCGAGCUGCAAGCCCGCCCAGGCCGCGUUGCGGAGCUCCAGUCCCUUCGACGGCGUGACCUGGUACUCCACUGAGUUCGCCCCCAAGGAGCGGGAGGUCUGCCCGGCCAGCUACCCCUCCCCUCCGGGGUACAUCUUCGACACGACCAACUCCCGAGGACACAAGUUCUUCCGCAAGGUCGCGCCCGCCUCCUCCUCCGGGCAGGCCUCCUAGCGUGCCCGCCUCCCAGCCCGCCUCCCAGCCGCGGAGGAGGCUGACUCGGAGGGCGUGGCGCUGUCUAAAGUCAGAAAAAAAAAUGCAUGAGAGCUAACGCAAAUCCUCGUGAAGUUUUUAAAUCAAGAAAAUUGGAAAAUCGCCCAACAGGUGUGGCUCAAUGGUUGAGCAUCGACCUAUGAACCAGGAGGUCACGGUUCGAUUCCGGUCAACGGGCACAGGCCCGGGUUGCGGGCUUGAUCCCCGGUAGCGGGCGUGCAGGAGGCAGCCGGUCCAUGAUUCUCUCUCAUCAUGGAUGUUUCUCUCUCUGCCUCUCCCUCUCCCUUCCUCUCUGAGAUCAAUUCUUUAAAAAAGUGCUGACCAGCCCUGGCUGGUGUGGCUCAGUGGAUAGAGCGCCGGCCUGCGGACCGGAGGGUCCCGGGUUCGAUUCCAGGUCAGGGCACAGGCCCGGGUUCUGGGCUCCAUCCCCAGUGUGGGGC